AGUGCUCAUUUGCUUCCAAUAAAAUAAGCUAAUGUUUCAUUGAAAUAUAAGUUGAUGAUCAAGAUAGAAUCCCAUUGGAAAAGGAAGAAAACAAUAGGAAAAAAAGAAUGGAAAAAGCAUGGAAGUGAAGAGGCAUCACACAAGUCAAUGAAGGAUAUUUUAUUUAGACUUCUCCAGGGAAAAUCCCCUCAAGUUGUACCUAAAAGGUGGCACCUGCUUAUUGGUUACUCUAAGUAAAGAUUAUCAGCAAUCUUGGGCCUCCCUUCGUUCGUGGGGAUUGAACAUUUGGUUUCUGAAUGCAGCCUGAGUCUGCAAAAUAUGAAGAGGAGAUGCCUUCCCUGUUCUGGGCGUUGGAUCCUGUCUUUUCCACAUUUGCAAGACUCUACAUUAAGGAUAUAAAGGAAAUGAGAGAAUCUAAGCAGGUUCCAGGCAUAUUCUUUUACAACGGACAUCCAGUACGACAGGUUGAUGUUCUUGGGACUGUGGUUCUAACAAAAGAGCGAGAUGCUUUUUAUAACUAUGGAGUGGAUGACAGCACGGGUGUUAUUCACUGCCUCUGCUGGAAAAGUCCCAGGGAAGUAGAAAAGCCUUUGUCAGCUUUUGCAACUCAGGCAAGCACAUCUAGCAGUCUGGCUCUACUUGGACAUGUGAAGAAGCUCCAGGAAGUGGUGCAUCAGAAAACCAAGCUGGAAAUUGGGGAUGUUGUCAGAAUCAGAGGCCAUAUGCGGAUAUACAGAGGGCAGCGAGAAAUUCAGACCUCCACCUACUACAAGGUGGAUGAUCCCAUGUACGAUGUUCAAAUUUCAAGAAUGCUGGAACUCCCCUAUCUCUACAGGGAAGUUUAUGAUAAGCACUUCCAAAUGCCACAGGAGGCACAGAGUGACCCAAACUUUUCAAUGGAUAUGUUCAUUGAGAAAGUGAAAGACUUCCUAGUGAAGAACAGAAUCCAGACCUUUUAUCCACAGGAGCUGGAAACGGUUAAGUCUUUGGUGUCACUAGCCAGUGAGCCAGCACCCAGUACCAGCCUGCAGCAGGUGGAUUCAGAAAACGAACCCCGCUCCAAGCUGAUUCACAGUGCAUUCAAGGAAGCAAUAAAGGUGCUGCAGAACAAAGGUGUCAUUUUCCUGAAAUCAAAAUGUUCCAGAGACUUGUAUCACGUGACUGACCAUGACAAGGAACUACAUCGAGUGACUACUGACAUCAUCAAAGCAGACUGCCAAAAACCCAGGCAUGCUGAAAACGGUUGCCACUUCCUCCAUGUCCUGGAUUCUGUUCGGCAAAGCUACAGCCCUUAUCUGACACAGGAGGUGAUGCAUCGUGUCCUGGAACUGUUGGAGAGCAACAGUGAAAUUGUCAGCACUAUGGAAAGGCGCUACACAGCUUUCUAAGGGAAGAAAACAAGAUAUAGACUGUCUGUUUGGGCUCUGGACAGAAUUUGACCCCAUAAUCACUUUGCCAAGAAGCAGGAGUUGAGACGCAAGCAUACAAGGAGAAGUGCAUCUGGCCCCUGGGCCACAUUUUGCCCACCCCUGCCCUAUAAGGAUAAUCAAAGCAGACCAAAAUAAAUCACAUAUAUAAAGAGAGAAGGCCAAGUAGGCAGUGUGCGUAUUAUGUCUGCAGCUUGAUGUUACAUUAUAGACUUCAUUCCAAGACAUAGCUCAAGUAGGAUAUAAGUGAACCAACAAGCAUGACGAAAUAUGUGGCAUUUGCAUUCAAACUUAGCCUUAAAGGCAGAGACGGUGCAUCUGUCCUGAGUAUAAAGCUAUGUAUGACUCACUCCUUCAUCUGUUGCUUCCCUAUCUACUGUGGGGUCUGACAACCAGUUUUCCAGCAGCUAUUCCUAGUAUUCUUUCCAUUUGUCAGUCAGCAUUAUAUACCCCUUCCCCAGAGCUCAAUCGGCAUGUGUCCAGACAGGUGCAAAAAGAUGUGCUUGCUUAGGAAGAGAUGCAAGAGGAAGGCUAAUAAAGUCCUCUGGAUAGUUUUGAUACUUUCUCGUAUAAGAAUGUCUGACUCUCGGAAGCACAGUGUGACAGGUUGUGAGUCAAUAAAGUAGGAGAAAAAAUCAGGUUUAAUUAUAGUGCUCUAAAAAAGUUGCUCUGUUUUAAAAGCUGAGAGAUGGUUAGGGAUAUUUAGUUCAUAGCUUAUAGUCCGUUUCAGCCCCAUCUACUGUUAACAAUUCAAUUGCUGUUGUCCUAGGAGAAAUGUGUUGGGCAUGUGUGGGGGAGAGUUUUGGGGGAAAGUGGUUGGAUUCCAUCUACUCCUUCAUGACAGGUGCAUCACAUGCUAAUCACCAGCUAUCUCUUCCUGAGAGGGGAGAGAGCUUGUCUGGAUUUGCUUCAAGUUGAGCCUUGAUUUUAAAAUAAACUUGAACCUCGU